AUGGCUAGUCGAGUGAAGGAGGACGAGAAAAAUGAACGAAUUAUUCGUAGCCUUCUUAAACUUCCCGAGAAUCGCAGAUGCAUUAACUGCAACAGUCUGGGGCCACAAUAUGUUUGCACGAAUUUCUGGACAUUUGUUUGCACAAACUGCAGUGGAAUACAUCGGGAGUUCACGCACCGAGUAAAAUCAGUAUCAAUGGCCAAAUUUACUUCACAAGAAGUUAAUGCCCUUCAAGAAGGGGGAAAUCAGCGUGCAAAGGAAAUUUAUCAUAAAGAAUUGGACCCGCAACGUAAUUCCUUUCCUGACAGCAGUAAUGUUGAGAGACUUCGAGACUUUAUUAAGCAUGUGUAUGUGGAUAGAAGAUAUACUGGUGAGAGAAACUUGGACAAGCCUCCAAGGGCAAAAAUGGGUGAGAAGGAAGACUCUUAUGAAAACAGAAGACUGGAUUCAUAUCAGGGAGGCUCUCGAAGCCCACCAUAUGAUGAUACAUAUGAACGUCGUUACAGUGAAAGGUCUAGUCCUGGUGGAAGAAGUUAUGAUGGGCAAAGAAGUCCCGGAUAUGAUCUAGAAGGCCGGCAGUAUAAUGAUUAUAAGAAAAGUCCUGGUCGCCCUGAAAUUGUGAAUGAUUGGCGUCGAGAAGAUAGAUUUGGAAAUGGGAGGCGAAAUGAUGAUCGCAGAAUAUCCGAUGGAGAUUCUAAGCUGGAUGCUAAAUCACCUGAACGACCAAGAGAUCUAGAUUCGUCCAGCCCCCCUAUUGUACGGCCUGUUAGAGAUAUUUUGGGAGAUAACACAAUACCUCUCCGUAUAAUUGAACCUCCAAAAGCUAACAGUGCCAGGGCUGCUGAUAGCUCUGUGCAGACACAGAGAACUGCAUCGUCCAGCAGCUUGGGAUCCACCAAUGAGAAUCCGGUGGAAGUGAAACUGGAGACUUCUGGAAGUUUAAUUGAUUUUGAUGCUUAUCCUGAACCUGCUCCUGCUGCUGCAGUUCCUCAACCGCAACAAACUACUGUAGCUCAAUCCUACCCACAGCCAACAAAUUCAACCAAUGACAAUAAUUGGGCCUCUUUUGAUGUUGCUCCAGAAGUGAAAGCACCUCAAGCUCCUGCGAAUGUGAAUUCAUUGGAAUCUCUGCUAUCACAAUUGUCAGUUUCAGCACCUGGCCCUAGUUAUGUUUCUGGAGCUACAGGUAAUAUGGGUGCUCCCACAAUUGCACCAUCAAGCAGCGUGUCAACAUUUUCCCCUGUUGGUGCUCCGGUUCCUGCGCCAGGAUUGGCUCAAGUAUUCCCAGUCAAUGGUGGUAGUUUCCUUGUUAAAGAUCCUACUUCCGGGCAAUGGCCUACCAUGCAGCAUCAGCAACCUUCUUUAUACUCUGCUAAUGGUAUUCAGCCUGCUGCUCAACAAUUUAUACCGUCAGUUGAUGGAGCUUCAAGCAAUCAGCCAUGGAAUUUAACACACGCCCCACAUGCACAAGGUCAGCCAAGUGUCUCUGCACCACAAGCACAACAAGAUGCCUCGAGAUCUGGCCAUGAUGUUAGUACUAUUGCAUCACAACCUUCAGCUGGUGAUGCAAAACCAAGUGGAAGAAGAGAACUUCCUGCGGAUAUGUUCGCUAUGAACUUUUCAUCCUUUCCUGCACCAGUUCCUGGAUGGCAAACUGGUCCUCCUCGUGCUAUGGGAUUUGCUAUGCAAUAUAACACUGCAGUGCCCAUGCCUGUGUUUCAGCAGUCAUCAAAGUCAGCAAACCCUUUUGAUGUCAACAGUGAACCUCCAAUACAAGCCUCAACAUUUCCUUCUGCGGCAUCCUUUCAAGCUGCCCUACCAAAUGUCCAGUCUUUGUCCCCACCGGGUUUAGUGCGCACUUCCAGCCUCAAUACUCCCUCAUCAGCUUGGAUGCCGCUCCAGUCGUCAUCAUAUUCGACAGUGGUGCCUCCCCAAGCACCACAAUAUGCAUCACAAGUGCCUCCCCAGUUAUCAUCAUAUUCUUCAGCAGUGCCUCCCCAAGCACCACAAUAUGCAUCACGAAUGCCUCCAAGAGCCUACAUGGUGCAACAAGUUCCGAGUAGCAUGCCACCUUCCGGGUAUCAAGGAGCAGUGGGCUUUGGCAGCGAGGGUUCUGCUUUUGCUUCAUUAAAUACAGAUCAUCAGCAGAUAGGUAGAUUCUCAGCUCCUGCUACCCCAAAUCCUUACUCGUCUGCUGGAGGAAAUCCAUUUGGGUAG